CGAGUUGUCCACAUCGAUCCCAAAGCGUAAACUAUACGCAGAAGUGACUAGUGAGGUAUUUGUCAUUAGUCUAUAAUUAAUUGUAUAUUUAAUCAUUUAUUCCCUAGUCUUCGUUCAACGAACUUUUAGCAAUUUCCCCAAAAUAGCGGGUCCCGCAUGGCACUCAAACGAUCACAGCCGUCCAUCCAGCCGACAAUCAUAAUCACUCUCAACCGACGAAAAAAUAGCCGAGCUUGAGCCUAGGCGGUCGCCUUUGUGGAGUCUAUCUAUGACCCAAAAAUUCGUAGGGUUGGGAGAGGAAACCCAUUUGUUGUAUAAGAGAGUAGAGAGAGAUAGAGAAGGAAGGAGAGGCGGUUCAUUUGGUUUUUUCGUGUGGUCCAGAGAAAAAAAAAAAAAAAAAAAAAAGAGUCGCCUCUGCUCUAUAUAGGAAAAAAAUAUCUCCUCAAUCUCUCUCUAUCUCCUCCUCCGCCUUGUGUCCGCUUCCCUUUUCCUCCCGAUCCCCGAUUCAUCAAGCUUCCACCCCCUUUCUCAGGUCGGUAAUCGGGAGAAUCCAGGCUCCCCCCUUCGCUUCUUGUUGUGGUUCGUGAAUUGUCUUUCUUUCUCGCAAUUGUUCUUGUUUUGAUCGGAAAGGCUCCACCUUUAUUUAGAUUUCCGGAGCUUUUUUCCUUUUUGCCUCGGAUUUCUUUUGCGGGUCGUUAUGGGUUGGAUCCUCUUUUGGUUCUUUCGAUGCGUGCUGGAUUUUAGGGUUUGUGCUUUGUAAUAGGUUUUUUUUUUUUUUUUGUUGCGAUUGAAACUGAGGGCGCUUCUGAGUUGUUCGUUUGUGUUUCAUUCCGGUGAGAUUUAAUCUUCUUGCGGACUCUUGGUGCAUGUUAUCUGUUAUUGUUUGCCGGUGUUGUGGAUGGAUCCAUCCGCUAUGUACGUGCAAUAGCUGAUAGUGUGCGAACAAUGAGGGAACUUUUUUGUGGGUGGGUUGUUUGGGAUGAAUGUCAUUGGUUGUAGAUAGUAAGCUGAUCUGAUCUUUGAAAGUGUGGUUGGGAUAAUUAUGAUAUUGGUGAAUUGUGUAUAGUUUCGUAUUUUUUGAGAUUUGGUCUACUCUAAUGCCGCAGUUUUCUGACUAUAGGGCUUCUCGUGUUUUGUGGUUUGAUUCCAGCAUUUGAAGACUAACGCUGCACAAGAGCAUUGUAGUGGUUCUGUUCUACUAAUUCAAUCCAAGGUUCAUGUCUGAGUUUGACAAUCAGAUUCCAUCUGCAUAUGACCCUUUUGCUGAUGCAAAUGCUGAGGACUCCGGCGCGGGUACAAAAGAGUACGUUCAUGUGCGCAUCCAGCAGCGAAAUGGGAGAAAAAGCCUGACUACUGUGCAAGGGUUGAAGAAAGAGUUCAGCUACAACAAGAUACUCAAGGACUUGAAGAAGGAGUUCUGCUGUAAUGGUACAGUUGUCCAGGACCCUGAGUUAGGCCAGGUCAUUCAGCUUCAGGGCGAUCAGAGGAAGAACGUCUCCACAUUCCUUGUGCAGGCUGGGAUUGUGAAGAAGGAGAACAUCAAGAUCCAUGGUUUCUAGAAGUUGCAAGAUCAGCGAGAUCUUGUUAUCUACCUAAUAGACUUUCAAGUUGUUUAGAAAGAAAAAGGGUGAAGAGAUCUCACAUAUGCAUGAGAGUUGAGGUGGGAUUGAAAGUUUGGGGAUAAUAGUAUCCAGAAUUUGUUGCUUUCUAAGUUUGCGCUGUGUUGCUGUCUUGGAUCAUCAGCAAACUGAAAACCAGUUUUUAGUUGGGGUGGUGUUUUAUGUGUCUUCAGACUUGCUGGAUGCUGUAUGGAGUGCCGUCAUUGCUUACUGAUUGGUUCUCGGAAUAAAAUAUGUUGGUCUCGUAACCCCUGCCUAGUUUUAUCUAUAAUGCUGUAUCGGUUGGUCGAUGUGGAUUGGUCAUGCUCUUUUAACCCGGUGUUAGCAUCAACCUCCCUGUUUUGAUGUUUGAAUCACGUGUGAUGGCUAGGGCUAGUUGUCAAAUGCUUUUCACCGACUAAAGAUUUCUCUCUAUAUCACUGGUUUUCUGCUCACUAGGAUGUUAGACUUGAGGUGUGUGAACUGGAGCAGAUGAUCCAAUGGACAUGCAUUAACUUAGCUCCUCCAACUCCGACAAGAUGAGCACGGUAACAUAGCCACCAUGUAGAGUUCAGUUUAUCUUACCUUCUGUUUCAGUACCGACUGAUUUGGUGGCUAAUCGUUGUUUCUAGAACUGGGAGUGUUUUAGAUUUGCUCGAUUAUUCACUUCGAUUUGCGAGCGGAUCUCUUUCUAUAAGGCAGUUGUUUGAUUAACCAGGCUCUCUUGGGAUGGGCUAUUUUGGCUGCUCAGGGUUUGCUUAACAAGGCAACCCUGAGAAUAUUAGACUGCUCGUCUGUAGACUGUAGUGGAAGGGCUAUUUUGGCUGGAUUGAAUUUAGUACCAUAGAAUCUUUGUGCUGUGGCUCAGUGAUCAGCGCUGAGAAAGGUCGGUAGCUGGCGAUCCUCUUGACAGUGGGUGCGAGAUGCAGGCCGGCAGGUCAUAGGGUUACUGUUGAAGUGUUGUCGAGGUUAGGUCAGUUUGUGUUAUCAGAUGAUGCCUUGGAACGGCUUGUUCGAAACGGAGGAUGGUCUGUGAAAGUGGGACUGGACUGGGUAGGGAGUAGUGGAACGGCCGUAGGUUCUUCAACCAAUGUUGAACUGAUGAUGGCCGAAUGCCUAAAUGUGGGAGGUGCUUAUUGGCUGACACCUCCAUCUUAUUGCACUGAGUGACACUUUCUCCGAGUGUGAUAGACGUCAAACGACCUUUGCUCUUUGCAGUUUGCCCUCUCAAAAUGGCAAUAGCUGGACGAUUUCACUGAAAUGCCUAAACGGAGUGCCCUCUCACGUCUCCCUCUCUGAAACGCUGUGUUCUUUCUUUCGUUAGCCAUUUUCCUUGCUGUCUUUGAGGUGCGCCAUCUGUCAGCCACCAUACUUAUUCCUUCGCGCUUCAGUUAAAAGGUUUUGCUAAUUUGAUAUGGAAAGCGUCUGCCACUCCUCUUCCGACCAUCGUUAGAACUUAGAAUCCAGAGUUGCAGCCCUUCUGAACAGUGAACACCACUCGGCAUGUCCCUAUACAAAAUCAAGCACCUAUGCCUGA